UCUCUCUCUCCCUGUCUCUGUCUCUAUCUUGUUUCCUCUGUAUAACUAUUUUUAGCUUCCUCACGAGUCCCAUGUCCCCAAGUCAUUCGCAACACUCCAUUCUCUCUUCCUCUUGCUUCAGAGAAGAAAGAAACUAGAAAGAGAUUUUCAUAUAGAGAGAGACGGAGGGAGAAAGGGAGGGAGAGAGGUAGGGACUUUGUUUUGUCUAAGCUUGAAGCUAUGCCAUGCUCUUCUUAAGUUUGCUAAAAGAGAAGGCAUCGAAUUGAAUUGGUUUGGCCAUCACUAGUACGAGUUUCUUGCGAAGGAAGCAAGUUAUCUGUUGGUUGAAGUAAAUGGGGGAUCACUUCGUGCUGUUGGUGGAUCGCUUGCUCACCGAGUCGACUUUGGGAGCUGCAAUCGAGAGCCAGAACCGGUAUCUUGAAGCUGCAAAGGCGGCUUCGGACUUGAAACCAGCUGACACCACCUCGCACAAGGUCGACUUAGGCAAUGUAUCUUCUACAGGGAAAUUGGUUGAGUGCCGCAUAUGCCAGGACGAAGAUGAUGACAGAAAUAUGGAGACACCAUGCUCUUGUUGUGGCAGCUUGAAGUAUGCUCACCGCAGAUGCGUGCAGAGGUGGUGUAAUGAGAAGGGCAACACUUUGUGCGAGAUCUGUCAUCAGCAAUUCAAGCCUGGUUACACCGCCCCGCCGCCACUAUUCCAGUUUGGUCGGGUUCCAAUGAACUUCCGGGGAAACUGGGAGGUCUACCGGGGAGACUUGAAUGGGCCGCGGUUUAUAGCGAUGGUUUCGCCUGAUCACAGUUUCUCUGAACCGGCAUAUAACGAGCAGUCGCACUCUGUAUCAAGAAGCUUAAUGUGCUGCCGUUCCGUGGCUUGCAUUUUCAUGGUUCUUCUGAUUCUGAGACACACUCUUCCGGUCUUGCUGAGCGGCACUCAUGAAUACUCACUGCCGUUGCUAAUGUUACUGUUUUUACGAACCGUGGGGAUUAUCCUGCCGAUUUACAUCAUAGUAAGGGUGCUAACUGCCAUCCAGCGCCACCGGCGCGAACAGGUGUCUCCAAGUUCAUCAUUCGAUUCAUCAGACGAAGAGACCGAGAAUCCUACCCAGCAGCCUCCGCCUCAUGCUACGCGUGCCAACUGAAUUCUGCCCCAGAAUCGAACCAGGGCCGUUCUGAGGGAUUUCGAUGGUUCGGAAAGGCGCUGAGUGGUUUCUUCUUGCGAGUGAUUUCUUCUUAACAGCAAGUGAAGAGGAAGGAAGGACAGAGAGGACUUCACAGCUGUUGUCUGGAAUCACUGGAUAUCUCUUCACUUAUAUAACUUGGCAGUAGAUGAGGAGGCUACACCACGAAAAAUGGUGUGUUGUUUUAGUCUUCCAAAUGAUACAGUGCAGCUGCAGGUGAUCAGAUCAUUUUCUACAAUUUUUUUUUUUUUUUUCAUCCUGGAAAGUUUGUACAGCCAAAAGGGAAUUAUCAAAAUGUAUAUGUAUACACAUAUAUACAAGAAAUCUGGCAUAAACUGUACACUGUCUGGCCGUUGCUUGAGAACCCAAAAAAAAAAUAUAAUUCCAUUGAGAA